AUGCGUUGCGGGAGUUGCGGCGGCGGGGGUCUUCGCGGCGCGCUGCGGUGCACGCGACCGUCACUGCCGCAGCGGUGGUGGUGUUUGACUCCGCGUGGCACGUUGCACAUGGCUGUGCGGUUUGUGGGGAACUCGGGCGUGCCGGUUGCAAAUUGCUACAAGCGCCUCGGCGUCGACUGUGCGGCGACGACGGAGGAGAUGAAGGCCGCGUACCGGCGCCGCGCACUCGAGUGCCACCCGGACGUCGUGAACGACGAGCAAAAGGCACGGGCGGAAGUGGAGUUUCGUGCCGUUUCCGAGGCCUACGACGUCCUGAUGGACCCGCAGAGGCGUGCGGAGCAUGACGAGGCUCUUGGGCUCCAUCGCGUGGCCGCACGCAGAACUGCGUCACCGGUGCGGGAUACGCCCGCUGCACCAUCGUCGGCUUCCUCUAAAGUUUCUUCGACGCGUCGCCGAAAGCCGUUCGUGCGGGGCGAUGCCGAUCGCAAGUUUCGUGAGGCGUUUCAUGGCAUGUCUAUUGAUCAGGUCAUAUUUCAGGAGCGCUUGCGGCAGCGGCAGGAAAAACAAAAUCCGCAUGGAGCGACGACAUCCCCGUCUUCUCACGAGGAGUCGCUGCGGCGUGUGAUGGUAGACGCCGCGGAGCGAUUUUCUGAAAAGGUGCGUCGGCAGUAUGGGCCCAGUCUGCUGCGUUACGUGCGAGUGCAGACGGAGUUGCCUGGCGGCCCGCAGCCGCCGCCCUCGGACUACAUGCCAUUUCGCCCGUUUCAUGGCCGCUCUGUGCCAGAGGGCGUCCGCGCAGUGCCGGAGCCGCGGAUGGGCCCUACGUCCCACGUCAAUGACGAGCGCGUGGAAUUCGACGGGCCUGCGACCCUCACGCGAAGGGAGCUACCGAAGCAUUUUCCAGCUGUAAGGGGACUAGACGGCUCUCUGAUGGGUCGGGGCGAGGCCCUGCGGCACCUCGAGAGAGAAAGAAAUGCGCCGUAUAAUAUGGGAAAACUGUACUCGUAUCACAGACCCUACUGA